UGCUGGGUCGCUGCAGAAACUUUGCCACAGUCUGGUCUGCUGAGGGUUUGGCAUUAAGGCUGAGAUUCAGGAAAUCAAAGCUCUCUUUCGUUGGAUGAGCACCGGGGAGAAAAUGAGAGAUGAUUGGAGCAGGCUAAAUCUGGCAGGGAAGAUCUAGGGAUUCCAGCUGCUCAAGACAGAUGCCAGCCAUCGGAUACUGAUCCACAGGUAUCCUGCGGAGAUUUAACAUAAAGAAGUCCCAGUUCAACAAAGACGGGCGUCUACCUUGCAUAGAGCAGAGUUUGUGAGCUGUUGAGCACACAUACACCGGAAAUGCAAAGGAUGAUGUGCCCUUUCCUUUUUAAGCCUCAAACCAGUAAGAUUGAGUCCCAAGAAGGGAAGGAUAUCAACAACAACAACAAUAACAACAACAGCAGCAGCAGCAUGGAAAAAGCAACUGGGAACUUUCACAGCCUGGCAAAACGAGAAGUCGCCUCGUUAAAUGGCCUAAGCAAGAAACUUGACGUGAUCACUGUAACGGCAAGAGAGAAACAUUCCCCAAAUGGUAUGAAGCAAAUGUCCCGGUGCCCAAGGCAUUUAAACAUCAAAAACUUCGAGACUGGGAGCAGCCUUCAAGACGCAUUGCACUACCAGGCCAAAGAGGUUCUUCACUGCAGGACCAACGUGUGCCAGGGAUCUCUCAUGAACCCCAAAAGUUUGGUCCGAGGUCCCCGCAAUGGGCUCACCCCGAGAGAUGAAUUAUUACCUCAAGCAAUAGAGUUCAUCAACCUGUUUUACAAAUCCUUUAAAGAGCCCAAAAUAGAAAAGCACCUUGCACGCCUGGAAGCCGUGGCCCUAGAGAUAGAAACAACAGGAACCUACCAGAUGACUGGGGAAGAGCUCAUCUUUGCGACCAAGCAGGCCUGGAGAAAUGCCCCGAGAUGCAUUGGAAGAAUCCAGUGGUCCAAUUUAAAGGUCUUUGAUGCCCGCAGCUGUACAACCGCCAAGGAGAUGUUUCAGCACCUCUGCCGCCAUUUGGAGUAUUCCACCAAUGGAGGGAAUAUAAGAUCUGCCAUCACUGUCUUUCCCCAGAGGACGGAUGGGACGCACGACUUCCGGAUAUGGAACAGCCAACUCAUCCGAUACGCUGGGUACCCAAUGCCAGAUGGUUCCAUUGUGGGCGACCCAGCCAAUGUGGAGUUCACACAGCUGUGCAUCCAGCUUGGUUGGAAGCCCAAGUAUGGCCGCUUUGAUGUGGUUCCACUGAUCCUCCAAGCCGAUGGCCAAGACCCGGAACUGUUUGAGCUGCCGCCAGAGCUUGUCCUUGAAGUGUCUAUGGAGCAUCCCACAUACGAAUGGUUUAAAGAACUGGACCUGAAAUGGUACGCCGUUCCUGCUGUCUCAAACAUGCUCCUUGAGUGUGGAGGACUGGAGUUCACAGCUUGCCCUUUCAAUGGCUGGUACAUGGGGACCGAGAUCGGGGUACGAGACUUCUGCGAUGCACAGCGCUACAAUAUCCUUCAGGAUGUAGGGAGGCGGAUGGGCCUGGAAACCAACAAGCUCUCCUCGCUGUGGAAAGACAAAGCUGUGAUAGAAGUAAAUGUGGCUGUGCUUCAUAGCUUUCAGAAACAAAAUGUCACCAUCAUGGACCAUCAUUCUGCUGCUGAGUCGUUCAUGAAAUACAUGCAGAACGAGUACCGGAUUCGAGGAGGAUGCCCAGCUGACUGGGUUUGGCUGGUACCUCCCAUCUCAGGCAGCAUCACACCUGUCUUCCACCAGGAGAUGUUGAACUACAUCCUCUCCCCUUUCUAUUAUUACCAGGUAGAAGCAUGGAAAACGCACAUCUGGAAAGACGAGGGGCGCAAGCCACGGAAAAGAGAGAUAAGAUUCUGCAUCUGGGCCAAGGCUGUGCUUUUUGCAUCGUCGCUCAUGCGGAGAGCCACAGCAGGCAGGAUCAAAGCGACUGUCCUGUACGCGACGGAAACAGGAAGAUCAGAAACGCUGGCGCGGAACCUUUGUGACCUCUUCAACUGUGCUUUCAACACCAGGGUUAUCUGUAUGGACGACUACGAUCCAAGGGAUCUGGAGAAGGAAGCCCUCCUCCUGGUGGUCACCAGCACUUUUGGAAACGGAGACGCGCCCAGCAACGGAAAAAUGCUACAGAACACGCUGCUGUCUAUGAAACAACUGAGCAACAGAUUCAGAUACGCCGUCUUUGGCUUGGGUUCAAGCAUGUAUCCAGAGUUCUGUGCCUUUGCCCGCACCGUUUACCAAAAGCUCGGGCAGCUGGGGGCGUCGCCGCUCACCCCGAUGGGCGAAGGAGACGAGCUCAAUGGACAGGAAGAAGCUUUCCGGAUGUGGGCACUCAAUACCUUCAAGAUUGCCUGCAAAAAUUUUGCUAUCCGUGAAAAGCACAAGAUCUUGGUUCCGAAAGCAUAUACAUGUAAUUCAACCUGGGAUCCAAAGAAUUUUAGGACUGUGUAUGACUCUCAGCUUCUGGACUUGGGGAAAGCACUUGGUGAUGUCCAUGGGAAGACCAUCAUUCCGAUGAAACUAAAGUUUCGGCAGAACCUGCAAAGUUCAAAGUCCAGUCGAGCGACUAUCUUAAUUAAGCUUUCCUGUGAGACAAAUCAGGAAGUCGAGUAUCUCCCUGGAGAUCAUCUCGGGAUCGUCCCUGGCAACCACAAAGUUCUCGUGGAUGGCAUCAUCGCCCGAAUCACAGAUGCUCCUCCGCCGGAUGAGAUCAUUAGGCUGGAAAGGCGCAGCGAUCGUGGCUACUGGACGACGGACAGCAAGUUCCCAGCCUGCACUCUUUCCCAAGCCUUGAUUCAUUUCCUGGAUGUUACAACUCCGCCUUCCCAACAGUUACUUCGGAACCUUUCUCAGCUGGCAAAAGAAGAGAGCGAGAAGGAGAGGCUGGACCUCUUAUCUCAUAACUUGGAGGAGUACAACAAGUGGAAGUUUUACAACAGCCCCACCUUCCUAGAGGUGUUGCAGGAGUUUCCGUCAGCCGAGAUCUCAACCUCUUUCUUGCUGUCGCAGUUGCCUUUGCUGAAACCCAGGUAUUACUCAAUCAGUUCCUCGCAAGACCAGGAGCCCGGAGAACUCCACCUGACAAUCGCCGUGGUCACCUACAGGACCAGAGACGGAGAAGGUCCGGUGCAUUACGGAGUCUGCAGCACUUGGCUGAACACUGUUGACCUAGAGGAGACCAUCCCCUGUUUUGUACGCAGUGGUGAUGACUUCCGGCUUCCAAAAGACCCACACGAACCGUGCAUCCUGAUUGGGCCAGGCACAGGAAUCGCCCCGUUCAGAAGCUUCUGGCAACAGCGCCUCUAUGAUUUGGAAAAGAAAGGGAUCAAAGGAAGGAGUAUGAUCCUGUUAUUUGGCUGCCGACACGCCAGCCUGGAUCACCUCUACAAAGACGAAAUGGAAGAAAUGAAAAGGAAAGGGAUCCUCCGGGAGGUCUACACAGCUUACUCCAGAGAGCCUGGCUAUCCCAAAGUUUACGUCCAAGACCUUCUUCGGAAAAAGCUGGAGUCCGACGUGUGCAGGCUCUUGCACAGAGAGGGGGGCCACCUCUACGUCUGUGGGGACAUCCGUAUGGCUAGAGACAUCGCUAAGACGUUAAGGGAGAUAUUUGCCAAGCAUCUGGGCUUGACGGAACAGCAGGCUGAAGAUUACUGCUUUCAGCUGAAGAGGCAGAAGCGAUACCACGAGGACAUCUUUGGGGCUGUGUUUCCCCACGAGAACCAAAGAGAACUGGAAGAAAUGAAACUUGACAGAGACACCAGUAACUGGAGACCUCAACCUCAACUAAAAUUUUAGCCAUAAUUUGCACACUUGUCCACCUUUUCCAUCAUGAUUGGGGGCAAAUUUUGCUUUCUCUCCAUACUCUGCCUACGUGGAGGCGACUAGCAAGCUUUGUCCCAUAAAUCUCAGCUUUAACAACAUCGAAAACCCGAAACACUACAUAUUUAAUUCUAUUUAUUCUGUAAAUUCCUUUUUUAGUUUGUGUAUAUUUUAUCAGAAGCUUGGUCUGUCAGCUCUUUUUUAAAAAAGAGAAAAAAAGAGAAUAUCUAUUAUUGGACAAAGGCUCUCAGAUUUGUGAUCUGAUUUUACCCUGCAUUACAUGUUUUUAGAAAAGGGAACAGAAAGUAAUCUAGAUUUAAAAACGAAACAAAAGAAAGCAACCAGAUUAGCGGGCAAAAUCAACAGCUCCUACUUAACGAAGGACAAACUAUUGUGCCUGGUGCAUAAGGAGGCGGGGCACUGAUGAGGCAAAGGACAAUGUCAUUGGUGCAGCUUGGAGGCAGCCCCAUUGGUUACUCAUCUAGCUGCACCAUAGCCCAGCCCCUCCCAGGAGCCAAUCAGCUGGG